AUGGCCAAUUUCCUCAACAACAUCCUCGGCUCCAAGCCCUCGCCUUCGGGCGCCGCUGGCGAUGCUGACUUCGCCGACUUUGCGGGUGCUCCCGACCCCAGCCCGGUCUCCAUUUCGCCCGCCAGCGUGGUCGGUGAGGCUGCCCAGGACGCUUUCGCGACCGGCGCCGCUGUUCCCUACACCAAGUGGUAUCGCGUCUGGGAGCGCACCACCCUUGCCGACUUCUACCAGGAGGCCUUCAUCCUGCCUGUCAUCAUAGUCAUUGUCCUCCUGCAUGUCUGGGGCACCAAGGCGAAUAGGCGCAAGGCCCAAGCUUUCGCUAAGGCCCACUCGCCCCUCCUGCGCCAGGAAUUCGCCAGCGUCGGCUACUCCGGCCGCAAGGCGCCAACCGUCGAAGAUGUCCAGGCCAGCGGUCUCGCCAAGCUCAGCGCCGAAGAGCUCGGCAAUUCGAACGAGGUGCUGAAGGAGGUCUCGGCCAACGAGUACUCCAUCUACGCCACCGGCCGCCAGAACGCGGCUUUCGUUGACAUCAAGCUGUCGCUGCUGAAGCGCUACAACCCUCUGAUCCGCUACGGCGAGUCUGUUCUCAGCCUCUUCUUCGAGACCAUGCCCGCCCCCGUUGAACGCGUCGAGGCCACCAUCUAUGCCUUUGACGGCAAGGAGAGCCAGCUUAUCCCCAGCGCUGCCAAGGUCUCGAACUCGACUUUCGAUGGCUUCGUUUGGGCUGUUGUGCACAAGAACUUGAUGAAGACUCUGAGGGACGACCGCUAUGACCUUUCCCUGACCUCCACCAAGGAUCACCCGAAGCUCCCCAUUUCGUACACCGUCAUGAGCGAGAGCGCCGAGAUCACCGAGGCUCUCUUGACUCCGGCGCUCGUGAAGGCCAUCGAGCAAGCUGGCGAUGCGCUUGAGGCCAUUGUUGUGUCCGAUCAGCCGAUGGACCAGCCCAAGAAGCUUGACGACACUGUUUCCCGCAAGCGCGUCUCUCUGUCUUUCGCCCUGCCGUCUAACAACGACUACUCGCACGUCCAGCCUCUGUUCCAGCACUUCUUGCGCAUGCCCGACCAGCUCGUCAACGUUGCCCACUUCCGCCCCGAGGCCCUGCGCCGUGUCAAGCAGACGCGUGAGGACGAGAUUCGCAAGAUCAAGAAGGCCGAUGAGGAGGGUAAGGCCGAGGAGAGGAAGCUGGAGGCCGACAAGGCCAAGAGGGUCGAACGCGACAGGAAGCUCAAGAAUCUGAGCGCCGAUGAGCAGAGGAAAUACCUCGAGAAGGAGAGGGAAAAGGAUCUCCGCAGGAGCCAGAGGAAGAAGGUCAUGAGGGCAUAG